UGUGCGAUUCUGUGCCUAUUUUCCAAUAUGUCAGGCAUCGGGGGAGUCGAAUAUUUAUUUUAAUUUGUUUUAAUUUUAAUGACAGAAGUAGAUAAAUAUGUAAUAAAUUUAAGUUUUAAAAAAAAUGUGGAAUUGUUAUCCGUUAGCUAAAUACAUAAUACAUAAUAUAGAAUAGUUGAAUUGUUUCUGUUAAAUGCAAAUAGUAUACGUUUUGUGUUGAUAUUUAUUGUUUCGUGAAGUUGUCUCCCCUCAACAAUGGUGUAAUGAUUUCGAUGGUUACAGUAAACGGAAAAUAGUGGUGUUUAUAAGUUUUAAUGUAAUGUAAAUAAAAAAUAUUGGUCAUACGCGCAUGCGUUCAUCUCGAAAACAGACAAAGGUUUUGUGUGUGGUUUUGAAAAUCAGCUGUAUUUUAUGUGCAAUGAGUUAGCGAAUCAAAAAGUGUUAAAAAGUUACAAUGUUUAGUGAAAUUGGAUACAUUACAUUUCUUCUACUUGCUUUACCAUACAUUGAAAGUGCAUCUCGCGUUCGUCUUAACGAAUACAUCGAGCACUUCGAAACGUUAGACUACGAUCCAGAUGAUUUGCAUCAUCAACACUUGCGAGCUCGACGCUCCACGGAUUCUCAACGAGAACUGCGACUCGACUUCAAAGCGCACGACAGGAAAUUCAAGUUGCGUUUGCGACGAGACUUGUCCGCUUUCAGCGAUGACUUUAAGGUGGAAGGCUCACAAGGACAAACACACGAAGUUGACUCAUCGCACAUUUACAGCGGAAAACUGGCCGGCGACCCAGACUCGACUGUUUUCGGAUCGGUGACGGAAGGUGUCUUCGAGGGGAAGAUAAUCGCCAAAGACGGUUCUUACUACGUGGAACACGCAAGAAGAUACUUCCCACCUAACAACACGAAGACACGAGGCCACUCAGUUAUUUACAAAGAUAGUGACGUCAUUGAUCCGUUUGCUAACAAAAGGCACGGUCACGUCGGCGGAUGCGGUAUAACCGAUGAAGUGGUCCAAUGGAUGGAACGCAUUCAGAACUCUGGAGUUGACGAUGAAUCUCCCACGUCGCCGGCAUCUUCACAGUCCACGCCUACUGUCGCAACUCCACCACACACUCACACCUCCGGCUCGCCCUCGCCUCAUCCCAAUAGCUUAAGAGAUGAUAUGCCAAGACAUUGGGAUUCACAUUUUCACAAUAAAUAUUCGCGGUCCGCGAACACGGGCGAGCACGCGCGUUCGCGUCGAGCAGCGCCCUACGACAACCGCAACACGUGCUCGCUGUUCAUACAAACAGAUCCCUUAAUAUGGAAGCAUAUUCGUGAGGGAUUUCCAGACCAUAAUGUGCCAAGUAAAAAGAACGAAGUCGACACGAAGACUCGGGAAGAGAUCCUGUCUCUCAUAUCGCAUCACGUGACUGCCGUCAAUUACAUCUACGGCAGGGCCAAGUUCGACGGCAGAUUCGACCACAGGGACAUCAAGUUUGAAGUGCAGAGAAUAAAGAUCGACGACAACUCACUGUGUAACAAUCGUUAUCCGAACGAAAUGAAUCAGUUCUGUUUAACGAACGUUGACGUUUCGAAUUUCCUGAAUCUCCACUCGCUUGGCAACCACGAGGACUUCUGUCUGGCCUACGUGUUCACGUACAGAGACUUCACCGGGGGGACCCUAGGUCUGGCAUGGGUGGCGAGCGCGAGCGGCGCGUCGGGCGGCAUCUGCGAGAAGUACAAGACGUACACGGAGACGAUCGGCGGCAUGUACCAGAGCACCAAGCGCUCGCUCAACACGGGCAUCAUCACGUUCGUCAACUACAACAGCAGGGUGCCGCCCAAGGUCAGUCAGCUCACGCUGGCGCACGAGAUCGGGCACAACUUCGGCUCGCCGCACGACUACCCCUCGGAGUGCCGGCCGGGGGGCCAGCAGGGCAACUACAUAAUGUUCGCGUCGGCGACGUCCGGCGACCGGCCCAACAACAGCCGGUUCUCGUCGUGCAGCACCGGCAACAUCAGCGCCGUGCUGGACGCCGUCAGGGACGGGCGCAAGCGGAACUGCCUCACCGCCAGCGCCGGCGCCUUCUGCGGGAACAAGAUCGUCGAGCACGGCGAGGAGUGCGACUGCGGCUACGACGACAUCGAGUGCACGGACCGGUGCUGCUACCCGCGCCAGGUCGGCGCCUACGACCGUGAGAGGAACGUCACCGCCAAGGGCUGCACCAGACGCGCCGACACAGAGUGCAGUCCGUCCCAGGGCCCGUGCUGCAACGCGCAGACGUGCCGGUUCGUGGUGGCGGCGCGCAACCAGACGUGUCGCGAGGCGGCCGAGUGCAGCCACGCGGCCGUCUGCUCCGGGGACUCCGCCGACUGCCCCGAGCCCAGUGCCAUGCCCAAUCACACCAAAUGUAACAACGGCACGCAACUGUGCAAGGACGGCGAGUGCAGCGAGUCGAUAUGUCGCGCGUGGAACAUGUCGGUGUGCUACCUGUCGGCCAGCGCGGCCCGCGGCGCCGGCGUCACGGCGCAACCCAACCGCCGCGCGCUGUGCCAGCUCGCGUGCCAGCAGGGCUCCGACCCCGACUCGUGCCGCAGCACCGCGGACUUCGCCAGCGAGGUCGGCCUGCCCACCGGCGGGAUCAGCCUCCUGCCCGGCUCGCCCUGCGACAACUUCCAGGGCUACUGCGACGUGUUCCUGAAGUGCCGCGCCGUGGACGCUGAGGGUCCGCUGGUGCGGCUGAAGAACCUCCUGCUGAACCGCGCCACGCUGCAGUCGGUGCAGGCCUGGGUCACGGAGAUGUGGUGGGCGGUGCUGCUGGCCGGCGUGGCGCUCGUCGUGUGCAUGGGAGCAUUCGUCAAGUGCUGUGCCGUGCAUACGCCCUCAUCGAAUCCGAAACGGCCGCCAGCCAGACGGCUGUCGGAGACGCUGCGCGGCCCCAUGAACACGCUACGGCGCAUGCGCGGACCACGCGGGACUCCGGCUCGGCACCCGCAACGCCGCGCCCGCACGCACAAGGGCUACGCGCCGCCACACACGUACGCGCAUCGAGACCUGCCGACGGCGCCGGCGGGACCCAGCGGGCGGCGGGGCGAGCCGUACGCCAACGCGUACCCCGCGGCGUACGAGAUGCGGCCCGUGCACAAGGUCUGACAGUACGAGUACUGCGGGCCCGAGCUGCUGGUGCUCGGCUACGUGUACCGCACCUGAGCCGACACCGCAUCCGAUGCAGCGGGCCUCCUCACGAGCAAAACCGUCUUUGUAAAGCAAUAUUUUAGUUCUCUUCGAUGUUCCGUAACUACGGGUAGGGCGACCGCCUAUAUCGGCAAACAACCUUGCUGUUCGAAAAGCUGAAUGAGACUGACCUCGUGUCUCAUUGUUGUGAUGACCCGUACGCAUUAUGCAAUAGCAGCCGGUCAAUGUACGAUAUGUUUAAUGUUUAUUUUUUACUGGUGGUAGGACCUCUUGAGAGUCCACGCGGGUAGGUACCACCACCCUGCUUAUUUCUGCCGUGAAGCAGUAAUGCG